CCCUUUAGAAUCUGUACCCACAUACGGAUCUUUAGCUUUUAAGCAACUUUUUAUAAUCUGUCCCUACAGACUUUUAAUUUGUUUUAUUUAAAAAUUCAGGAAAAACUUCCCAAUGAUUUAGUAGCUUAAGUACUGAGGAAGAAAUGGACGGACGUAAUUUCUAGAAUUUAAAAUGAAAAAGUUGAGUGUAGAUGAAAAGGAAAAAUUUAUAAAGAUUUUAAAAGAAAAUAGUGCUGUGUGGGAUUUGUCCGAAGCAGGGCAUCGAAAAAGUACGGCAUUGGCUGCCGCUUGGGAGAAGAUUUCCAAAGAAAUGAAAAGACCAGUUGCGGAAUGCAAGACCAUUUAUAGAUCUUUUAAAGAUUUAGCACGUUAUAGGGGAAGGAAAAAACAGUGCCAAAAAUCCGGCAGUGAGCUAAUUCAAGAUGAAAGUGAAUCUCCCGAAACUUCGAUUGGCAAUGAAGAAGAUUGUGCAGAAUUUUCAGUUUGUUUGGAUUUUUUGCAGCCGAAUUCGUCCAAAAGAAGGACUUUUUCAACAAGCACAAUAGCCACCGAGGAGGAUGUUUCGAGCCCUGCAUCAGAUGGUUCGCAGUACAAUUUCAAUGCACAGUGUUCUUCAUCAUCGCAGACAUUAAAACCUGCUACCGACUUGACGAAAGUUAUUUCCGAUAUGAUAGCAAUCAAAAGAUCAAAACUCGACGAGCCGAAAUUAAAAUAUAUGUCUAUGCAUGCCAACCUCGACCGACUAUACUGCCAAUUGCCCGCCGACGAAGUCGAAAAAUUAAAUCACGAGUUUUUUAAUAAAACUUUUGAAAGGGUUAUGGCCCAUAAAAACAACGGAAAUUUAUAGAAUCAACUAGAAUAUGUGUUACAUGAUAAAUAAAUAAAUUUGUGUUUGAAAAAAUGUAAUCUUUUAUUGUACGAUCAACUUUUUGAUGUAAUUCUCACAAAAAAUUUACAAAUUUUUA